CUCCCUUGGAUUGAGACAGAGGGGAAAGGCUUUCGGAGCACACAGUUGAUGUAAACAGACGCAGGCGUUUCGCCUUUAGAGCACGAAGGCUGGGUUGUUGUUUUGAAAAUUGCACUGGAGAACCGAGGGGAUUUUAUGAUGAUCAUCAUGCUCCUAGGUCCAUCUUUGCUCGCUCGCUCUCUCGCUGGCUGCGAGACGCUAGUGGACAUAUUUCGCUUCUGACUGAAAAGAGCUUGAAUAAGACGAGGAAGGAGGAGAUUUUUUUUUUUUUUUAAUAUAAACACGACAUCGUUUUCAGCCGGGAAACUUUCUGAAUAUUUCUGGAAGAGGAUGCUUGCCGGGUUUGCGGACCGGGGGAUCGGUGGAUGUUUACCCGGAGGGCAGCGAGCGCGGUGUUAGCAGAAGACGCCGGGGGCGCCGGGACGCGGAGCUCUCGGAGAAAAUGAGUUUCGAGGCGAGCUGCUGAACCAGAGGUGGACCUGCGGAGAGAAGAUCAGCAGCUGCGAGGGAGCCGCCAGCCUGCACGGCACACGCAUCAAGAUGAGUUUAGAAAAUGACGAUAAGAGAGCACGCACGCGAUCGAAGUCUAUCAGAGUGCCCACGGAGCUCAUCGGCCAGGAGGUGAGCUGUCCUACCCCAGGCUGUAACGGCUCAGGACACAUCCGUGGGAAGUAUGCGAGGCACAGAAGCCUACAAAGCUGCCCUCUAGCAAAGAAGAGGAAACUUCAGGAUGCGGAGGCCGAACACCUGGUGUCGAAGAGAAAAUCCCACCCGCUCAAGCUGGCCUUGGACGAAGGCUACAACGUCGACAGCGAUGGCAGCGAGGAGGCCGAGGCGAAGGAGUCUGGCUCCGACGAGUCGGAGGGGACGCUGGAGGAGGACGAGGCGGAGGCGGUGGAGCAGGAGGAGACCCGCAGCCCCGAGCCGGCAGAAGAGAGAAGCCCAGCAAAAUCAACCCAUUACGGACAAAAACCAGCAACAAGCACAUCUGGGCCCAGCAAGGCCAACUAUAGCAGCUAUCAAGAAAUAAUCGCCAACUCUCUCCUAAACCUAGGCCAAAUAGCGGAGGAGACCCUCGCCAUCGAAGGGCAGCUGCCCGAAGCGGAGCUGCAGGUCUCCAAGCCGCCGUCCAACGUCGUGCACCUGGUCCAUGAGGAUGCGGGAGAGGAGAUGGUGGAGGAGUGCGACAAGGAGAUCAUCAUCCAGACGGAGGACGCGGAGGAAGUCAUCGAGGUCACCAGCGAACGCAGCAGCAGCGAGUUGUGUCCAGAGCACCGGGACGACGCCAGCUGCGAGGAGGCCUGCAAACUGCCCAAGGCCAUGCAGGCUGAAGGAGAGGAGGAGGAGGAGGAUGAGGAGGAGGAGGAGGAUGAAGAUGAGGAGGAGGAGGAGGAAGAAGAGGAGGAAGAGGAGGAGGAGGAGGAAGAAGAGGAGGAGGAGGAGGAGGAAAUGGCUCCCGAAGUGAUCUGUGAAGAAGCUCCUCACACUUCUCAGGACGCCCAGAAAAGCCACUGUGAAGGGCAGUUCAGCCCAAAGCCCGAAUACUCGGUCAUCGUGGAGGUCCGCUCGGACGACGACAAAGACGAUGACGCCCGCUCCCAGAAGUCAGCCGUGACCGACGAGUCGGAGAUGUACGACAUGAUGACGAGGGGGAACCUGGGGCUGCUGGAGCAAGCCAUCGCGCUGAAGGCCGAGCAGGUGAAAAUCGUGAGGGAACCCAGCCGGCUGCCGGGAGAGCACGUAAAGCACUUCCAGGUGGACGAGAAGCAGAGCAAACCGCUGGACAGCAUCCGAAAGAGCUACUAUGGCAAAGAUCCCUCGAGACCCGAGAAGCGAGAAAUCAAAUGUCCGACGCCUGGCUGCGAUGGGACUGGCCACGUCACGGGACUCUACCCUCACCAUCGCAGCCUCUCUGGUUGUCCGCACAAAGACAGGAUCCCCCCUGAGAUCUUGGCGAUGCACGAGAACGUGUUGAAAUGCCCCACGCCAGGCUGCACAGGACAGGGUCACGUCAACAGCAACCGCAACACGCACAGGAGUUUAUCUGGGUGCCCCAUUGCUGCUGCUGAAAAAUUAGCCAAAUCACAUGAAAAGCAACAAACCCAGUCUGGUGACCCUUCGAAAACCAGCUCCAAUUCUGACCGGAUACUCAGGCCUAUGUGCUUUGUGAAGCAACUGGAGAUCCCUCAGUACGGAAGCUACCGGCCCAACAUGGUCCCAGCCACCCCCCGGGCCAACCUGGCCAAGGAGCUGGAGAAGUACUCCAAGGUCACCUUCGAUUAUGCAAGUUUUGAUGCUCAGGUUUUUGGCAAACGCAUGCUUGCCCCAAAGAUUCAGACUAGCGAAACCUCACCUAAAGCCUUUAAAUCCAAACCUUUUCCAAAGGCCUCCUCCCCCAGCCACAGCCCCUCCAGCAGUUACGUGAAGAGCACUUCAUCUUCCUCCACAGGCUUCGACUACUCCCACGACGCCGAGGCCGCGCACAUGGCCGCCACCGCCAUCCUCAACCUCUCCACCCGCUGCUGGGAAAUGCCCGAGAACCUCAGCACCAAGCAGCAGGAGGCCCCCGGCAAGUCCAUGGACAUUGAGGUGGAUGAAAAUGGGACUCUGGACUUGAGUAUGAACAAGCACCGCAAGCGGGAGAGCACCUUUCCCAGCAGCAGCAGCUGCAGCAGCAGUCCCAGCAUGAAGUCCCCAGAUGUGUCCCAGCGCCAAAACAGCACCAGUGCCACGAGCAGCACCAUGACCUCCCCCCAGUCCAGCCAGACCUCCCGCCAGGAUGAAUGGGAUGGGCCCAUCGACUACACCAAACCAAACCGCCAGCGGGAAGAGGAGCCAGAAGAGUCAGAGCCAGCAGCCCACUCGUUUGCCUCCUCGGAAGCUGAUGAGCAAGAAGUGUCGGAGGAAAACUUUGAAGAACGAAAAUACCCAGGGGAAGUUACUUUAACCAACUUCAAGCUUAAAUUCCUCUCCAAGGACAUCAAGAAAGAGCUGCUCACUUGCCCUACCCCAGGCUGUGACGGCAGUGGACACAUCACGGGAAACUAUGCCUCUCACCGCAGCCUUUCUGGUUGUCCUCUUGCUGACAAGAGCCUCAGAAACCUCAUGGCUGCCCACUCUGCUGACCUCAAGUGCCCUACUCCUGGCUGUGACGGCUCUGGUCACAUAACAGGAAAUUAUGCAUCGCAUAGAAGUCUGUCAGGCUGCCCUCGUGCCAAGAAAAGCGGGAUCAAGAUAACCCCGACAAAGGAUGAUAAAGAAGACCCGGAGCUGAUGAAGUGUCCGGUUCCUGGCUGCGUUGGGCUUGGGCACAUCAGCGGCAAAUACGCCUCGCACCGGAGCGCGUCGGGGUGUCCCCUCGCAGCCCGCAGGCAGAAGGAAGGAUCCCUCAACGGCUCCUCGUUUUCCUGGAAAUCGUUGAAAAACGAGGGCCCGACCUGCCCUACCCCGGGCUGCGACGGCUCCGGCCACGCCAACGGGAGCUUCCUCACUCACAGGAGUUUGUCAGGGUGCCCACGAGCUACUUUUGCUGGGAAGAAAGGAAAACUCUCAGGGGAUGAAAUUCUCAACACAAAGUUCAAGACCAGCGAUGUUCUGGAGAACGAUGAAGAGAUCAAGCAGCUGAACAAGGAGAUCAGCGAGCUGAACGAGUCCAACUCGGAGAUGGAAGCUGCCAUGGUGAAGCUGCAGUCGCAGAUCUCCACCAUGGAGAAGAACCUGAAGAACAUAGAGGAGGAAAACAAAAUCAUAGAGGAGCAAAAUGAAGCCCUGUUCCUGGAGCUCUCAGGGUUGAGCCAGGCUCUAAUCCAAAGUCUUGCCAAUAUCCGCCUUCCGCACAUGGAGCCCAUUAGCGAGCAGAACUUCGAUGCGUACGUGAACACGCUGACCGACAUGUACACCAACCAGGAGUGCUACCAGAACCCGGAGAACAAGGACCUGCUGGAGAGCAUCAAGCAAGCCGUCAAGGGCAUCCAGGUUUAGCGCCGCGGGAUGGAGGCGGGCAAGCAAACAGACUGUAAGACGGAACUUUCCCUCCAAGUAUUCAGGUUUACAAGUUGUAAAACUUGUUUAAUGAAUGAAAAACAAAAAAACAAAAAACAAAAACACAAAGGACCAAAACGUAACCAAGAGGCCAUUUCUGAGACGUGGAACUGAUUGAACUCAAUGUUCUCGUUUACUUAACUUUGGACCUUCUUAGGAAAAGUGGGAUUUUUCUCCCUGGACCACGAGGUAGACCAGGAUGGAAGGUUAAAUUCUCCAGUAGGCUGUGGGGCUUGGUAGCUGGUGAAGAGCAGGCGUCUUUCAUAUGCUGCCAUGCUUUCACAGCGUUGAUCCAAGGGUUAAAACGUUACAAGAACAGGGUUUUGUCUGAUCCAAGACUAGCGUAUGACUGGCUCAAACCCUCAUGUUGUCUAUGGUCGUAUGUCCAGAUCACCUACUCACCCAUGAAUUAUGUUAUAUGUUGCUAUAAAGUGCUGGAGCUGCAAGCUACCUGUAAAUCUGAACCUGUGCUGGGCCUCCCAACCCCAGGAGUUCAGAUAUCCACUGGGCAUGGGAACUCUUUAAGUAUUAUAAAGUAGCUUAUUUUUAUUUUCUGAAAGAAAGCUGAAGAGCAGUUCUGGAUCUCCAGUGGAAAGCGCAAUGGAAAAAAGGUUCUCAGGGAAGCUUUUGGAGUUUGCAACUACAGUAUUCCUUUGUCUGUCUUAAAUAUGAGAAUAGCUAUUAUGAAUAGGCCAAUACCAGAUAUUUCAUACAGAAGAAUUCUUAAUGUGUCAUGGUCCGGUGUAUAUGAUUUUUUGGAAGUCUGUUUGAUGACAGUUCUGGUUCUUUUCAUUAUUGUGAUCAUCCCUGCAGUGGCGCAGUACUGCCAGUCCAGAGAUCAUACAUCAAUGCCAGAGAACGUUUGAGAUUGCGAUGAACAAAAAAAAAACACAAGCAAACAAACAAACAAAAGCAACAAAAAGAGAAAUGUUAAUUGAUGGCCAGCAAAGUGCUUACUUCAUGUGAAUCAGCAGUUUAUUUCUUGCAGAUAUCCGCAGGGCAAUGGGUUUUUCUUGGUUUGGUGUUCUACACCUUGUGCAAAAUCACAGCACAAGUGCCGUUCUGGAGGACAAAAAAAAAAAAAAAAGAAAAAGAAAAAAAAAAAAAAGAAAAAAAGGGGGAACAAAAAAGCAUUCAGGUAUUGGGUAUUGUUCCAAAGAAGCAUUUUGUAAGCAGCUCGGUACGCGCAGCUCCGUGAAUGUCACCGCGAUGCUCCAGCCUCCAGCUGAGCGUGGUGGGGCUCGGGGACCAUCUCGGCACCUUUCCAAGAAAAGGAGAGGUGGGAGCUCCUUUUGUUUUUUCAAGAAAAGGAGCUCCCACCCAGGGCUCGCUGCCACCCUGGUGCAAACACCUUGGAAGUGGAAGGGGCGAAACCCCUCCGGGGUCCCAGCACGGUCCCAGCACGGGGGUGUUCACCCCCCGCACCCUCCUGGUGGUGUUGGAGCAGAGCUGAGGUGGGGAGGAUUUUGGUGACCGAUGCUAAAAGCGAGGCCGUGGUGGCGUUUCGAGCCCAAUCCUGCAGUUAUUUGGGGCAGAAUCUGUGAUUUGGAGAAGCCAGCGGGGAGCUCGGCCCAGGCUGGUUCCCCUGGGGUGCACAGCCACACCGCGGGCUCAGAUUCCGUGAGUUCACUUAUUUUAGAACCCAUUCCAAGUGCAAAACUACAAAAGAAAGGGGAAAAAAGAAUAAUAGUAAUAAUUUGAGGUGUUAAAAACACAAUGUUCUUAACAUGUAAAUAGAGUCCAAAUUGAUUGUGACUGCAAUUCAGUUAGUAUUUAAAAGUAGAGAAAUUGCACUUCCUGGAAGAAAGAGAGGGAAAAAAAAAAAAAAAGUAGUUAGUUUAAUUAUCCUGUAAAUUAUUUAAUUUUGGCAAGAUGUAUGUAAUUUAUAUUUACAACACCUUAUGUUAACUUUUUUCUAUUUAUUUAACUUUUUUAUUUAUUGAUUUUAUACUUACUUUAAACUGGACACCGCACCAUAGAAAAGAAGAUAAAAGAAGCAAAAAAAAAAGAAGUUUAAAAUUAAAACUUUUGACCAUAAAAAAUGAUAUUCCAAAAAAAAAAAGAAAACCCCUAUCUACAACUCCUACUUGUAAUUUUGAUGCAACCAAGUUAUUUUUUAUAUAUUUUGUUAUUUAUUCUUUUAACGAUGGGAAUUUUUUUAAAGAUAUUUUAUAACUGAGACAUUUUGAUAAUUUUUUGGUUUGUUUUUUUGUGGGGGCAGGGGCACCGGGGGAAGAGAGACUUUUUCAGUUUUUCUUUUCUUUUUUCAUUCAUAUUGUUUCAGGCACUGAUAACAGGAAAUGAGAAUUCUGUAUUUAUUAUUUAUUUAAUAUUUAAGUCGAAAAAAAAAAAAAUGAACUGUGCUCUUGUUGUAUAUUUAUUUUGUCGUUUGUGUGUCGGUUAUGUGAUGACUGAGUACUUGUUUAUGUGAAGGAAUACUGUUAAUAUUUAAAUAAUAAAGAGUCACAUUGAAAGUUAUAGCAGGCUACAUGUUAUUCUGUGAAAAUGAAUACUGUGAUCUACUUUCCUCAGGAAAUGUAUUUUGCAGACAGAACUUCCUUAUGUACUGGCAGGGUUAUUUCGUAAUAAAACCCAGUUCUGUUUGUGA